CUGACUGACUGACAGACUGACUGACUGACUGACUGGCUGACAGACACACUGACUGGCUGACUAGCUGUCUGGCUGGCUCGCUGACUCCUUCCCACAGAACCGUGUCCUCACUGCGGCCUGAAGUUGUGAGGUCUUCGCACACCUCCCUGGCCCUUCAUCUGCCUCCAGCUCAGGGCUUUGCCCCGUUUCUUGUGAGCAGCAGCAGAGCGGGACCAUCUUAGCAGCCCAAACACUGAGGUGUGGUUUUAACGGCCAGGCCUCCUGCCCUGAACGGGCUCUGCCCCAUUUCUAUGUUUUGUGCCAAAAAACCGUGAACAGAAACCACAUCACAUUACCUGCAGCGAGAGAAUUUGUUUUUAUUCCGGGGUUUUGCACUCCCUAUGAAAUUGACACCCUCGUUUUAAUCGCCUUGAGGCAGUGUCUCCAGGGGAGCCAGUACUGCCCUGUGGGCUCUGGUUGCUCCCUGGCACCCCUGCUUGUGGUGGAAGGUUUUGGUCCCUUGUUAACUCCUGGAAUGCUAGUUUACUUCACGUUUUUUUUACCCUGAACUUUUUUCACCUAGUCUACUUAAGUAGUACUUGUGGUUGACACCAAGCGCUGAAGAAUUUUGCUGUGGUAUUUCUUUUUUGUUGUUUUACGUUUCUCUCUAAACAGGGACUUCGGACCUUUUCUUUGGAACUCUUUGACCUGAUUAAGGAUGUUGCUCUACAGUAACAUCCAAUAUUCUGUGUUUAGUAACUGAAUUUUUAGGUUGAAAUGACUGAACUGAAGCAGUAAUUUUGGUGUAGAAAAUGUUUCUCUUGACUCAGUCAAAUAAAGUUUGUGAUAUAUUAGUUACAAUAGCCUUAGGGGAAAAAAUUAACGUUAUAGGCAGAUUUCAUGCCAAACUUUGAUCUCAGUUACAUCCCUAAAACCUCAUUGACCUCAGUGGUAUUGCAGUCAAUGGCAGAGGAUAUCUACCAGAAUUCUGUUAUUUGUUUUGCUUUGAGUUGAUUUGUUUUUCAUGCUAGCAGUAUGUAAUACAUUGCAGUAGUAAGAAAAAAGUCGACCUUUCAUGAUACAUAUAUUUUUUCUUCUCAUGCUGUGACAACACCUCUUGAUAUGCAGUUGUUAAUUAUGUUGGAAUGACAAAUGUUUCACACAGAGAAGACUUUUGUAAUAGCUUCUAAAAUUCUUUCUUGCCAAAUUAUUUAUAGUUGGUUUUACUAAACAUCCUAUUUCCUACUUUGCUUAAAUGAUUUCCCUGGAUGCUUAAUCCAGAGAGGAGCUUUUUGGGAACAACAGAGCUCAUCGUUUAAAGGCUGGAUCUGAAAUCUGAAUUACUGCUUUGUAUUUUAUACUGUGCAGUUAUGUGCACCUGAAAGCUCUGAUAUUAACAAAACAAAACCAUUCUAUGAAAUUGUUGUUAUAUUGUUUUUGUUUCACGUUCUUAAUUUCACAAGUUAUUAAAAAUAUGUACGUAUAUAUAUAUUUAAACAGGUAUUUCUCAAAUUUGGUUUCUGCUCAGACAUAGUAACAGUGUAAAUUUGUGUUUGUGUUUUUAAUUGUGCUGAAGCUGGGAUAUACUAGUUGACUGAUUUCAUUAAGACUUCUGCUAAUCUGCUUCCCUCACAUUGCUUGCAGCUCCUGAACAAAAACUGAAUAUAUAAAAACAGCACGACCAGGUGAUGGGGACAUUCGCUUUGUGUGUGUGUGUGUGCAUUUUAUAAGUACAUUAAAAAUAUCAUAAAUAUUUUGUGUGGAGAUAUUUAGAAGAAAAUGGAAGUUUUGCGUCUAUGAUUAUUUUUUAUGAUUACUGAAAAACUGAGUAUUUUUCACAUUUUCAGCAUGUUUCUAUUAAGAAUGUGGGGUGAUUCUUCUGUUUAUUGCAAGAAAUGACCAUGAGCAUGCUCUAUGUAAGCUACAGUGAUUGCUUUGACUGUCAAUUUUAAUUAUCUAAAGUUUAAGUACAUGCUGAUAUGUGUUAUCUUAGUUUUUUUUUAAGGCAUUCUGGCAAGGACAAUUCUUACCGUAUGUCAGUAGAAAAAUGCAAAAGCCUCCUUUGACUUUUGAAGAAUUCUUACAGUCUCAAGGUUUGAAGAGCUGGCCAAGGUGCAUCUCUCUGGAUGAGCCUCAUUCUUUGGUGGAUAAGUUACAAAAAGACUGUUCCUUCAAUGCUUUAUCUAAGUCUCUAUAUGAACAUGUUCCAUUGAACGUCAGCUCACUCUCAGAUUUGGAGAACAGAAUAAAAUCAUGCAUCACUGAUCUAAAGAAACAUGCUGAAAAAAUAUCUUCAUUACAGUGUGGACCAGCAUAUCUAGAGGAACAGCUUAUUGACCUUGAACAGAAUUACUUCUGAGCAAACUGAUGCAGAAAAACUACUGACUCAGACAAGUGAGAUGCAAAAAGUAAAGAACUGUAACUACCCUGGUUUCAAGAUAAAACAACUUUUAGAAUUACCAAGACAUUUGGAAGCUCCAAAACUUUGGAACUUAGUUAUAAAAGCUCAGCAUUUCCAAAAAGACAUUCUUAAAGUUUGGAGAAGGUUGUUUCUCUCAACAUCAUCUAUUUCAGUGUUUCAGGAUUCUUUUUGGUGGUGGUUUCUCCAAAAGUUUAAGCCUAACCAAGAAGAUCAAGACCACUUUUUUGGUAGAAUUGCAGAAAACUUUGUGGUGCUUUUUCUUCCUGUUCCCAUUGAGGCUAAAGACACUUUUUAUCAGGUGUAUCCUGACUGUUUGUCACAAGUCAUCUAUGUCACGUUCUGUGAAGCGUUUCCUGAAUCCAUUAAAAAUUUUGAUGAUGAUUUUAAGGAUGGAUUGGUAGACUUAAUUUUUCAGUGGAUAUCAGGUCUGAAACCAAGGAAAUGUGUAUGGGAGAAAUGGAAUCUUGAGAGCUUUAAGGCUUCCACAGUAAAUCCUAAUAGUGAAGGUGCUACUGCUAACAUACGGGCUCAUGGAUCUGCCAGAUCUGCAGCAGCCUGUAAGUCUUAUAAACAUUUUUUAUCUCAUAAUGCAUGUUACUUUGUGAAUAUUGGAAUGUAACUUAUAGUAGAUUGCAAAAUCUAAUUGUCAACAUAAAUUACUAGUAAUAUUUUUAUUUUGCACAGAAUCAAAAUGUCAUAGCAAUUUAUGAUAAAUU